AUCAAGGCUGCGUUUUGCUUCUGAAGACAGGAUUCUAUUGCGAAUGGCCAAUUCGCCACCUAACGAUGAAUAUUUCAAAUUAACAAAUAUAAAAUAGCAGUUACUGCAACCCUCCGUACUAGAUGCGUCAUGACCACCAGACAAAAUUCGUCUAUUUCGUCCAACUCACGAACAAAGUUGAAGAAUUUUCGAUACAUUCCUAGUGAAGAAAGCGAAAUGCCAUUGACUAAAGCACCGGAUGUCAAGGUUCCCAAGGAUGCCGCCAAUGCCGACAAGGAAAACCAAAAGUCCUGGAUGAAUGGCGUAGCAAAGCCGCCUAAAUCUCCUUCCAAGAGCCAACCAUCAACACAGCCAAAAGACCAGAAGCAGACAAAGGAAUGCCCCAAGACUCCUGCGAACAGAAUACCUCUCGCAGAUCUCAUUAGCAACGCGGAAGAUGCUAUGAACGAUGUGUCGGAGAAAGAAAUGACACCAGAUGACUAUAUAUCGUGGCAACCAGCUCCUCCCCAAAGCUCAAGUACAACUGCUGGGUCCAAGGGGCGACGAAAGAAGCGUCGACAUAAUUCCUCUCCUGCUAGUUCGCCGCUGAGGACAGGUAAAUCCAGCAAGCCAAAAGAGCCGUUCGAUCUCAAGACCUUCCAAUCUCUCUUGAAAACGCCGCAGAGUGAUAUAGCGACUGAUUUGUGGAAUAAUUACGUUGGCAAAAGCAAGCUGGAAGGUGCUCUCGACAUUCCAGCCAAAUUCGCCAACUUAUCUUCCUCCCCACGAACUCCCAUAUCCGAGAAACUUGCACGAGAUUCUUCGGGAUUGCGGCGGUCUGCUAGUUGCAACGUUGACUGGCCAUCUUCUAAAACGAAGCGAAGAAGGAUUGACGGCCCGAAUGGCCUGCGUACUACCCGCGAUAUUUUCUCUCGCUCGAGGAGCAAUGUCCUCGACUCUGGGAGCUCAAAGAAAUUGAGCUUCCUUCUGGAUAAAAUCCAAAAUAACCUCGCUAGUGCAAAAGUGACUGCUGAAGUCAGGUCGCCUUCUUCUCCCUUGCCCGCUCAGAAUGAUCGACAUGGAAAAAACUUGCCUUCGCCAUCGAAAGGCCAAAGAAAUUGCGAAACUGCUGCUGGCCAGCACAUUCCUCAGGUUGCCAUGGAAGGGAAUAAGCCCGCCGAUCAACCACAGGCCCUUCGUAAAGAAAAGGCAAUGAGAUCUUCAUCAUCUGAAUUUAGUGAUGACGAUUUUGAUGAAGAUAUAUUAGCUCUUGUCGAGUCAUCCACGGAUCCCUUUACAGAUUCCGAAAACCUAAAAAAUACAAUGCCCCAAACACCCGUCAGCCGAAAGUCAUUUAAUAUCGAACAGUCACCAUGCCCCAUCGACAACGCCAAUAAGAGGACAUUCAUAGCAUCGAAACAAGGUCAAAGUGACGAUGAGUUCGAUGAUGAUUUAGGAGAGGGCAUGGAGGAAAUACUUGCGCAAUACGAUGAGAAAAAGCCACCUCAGCAUGACUCUAUUCUUUCACAGACAAGGCCAGAAGCUAAGUCGAGCAAUAAACCGAGUUUUUCUUAUCCUGUCAAGAUGCAAGAAGCCCAACCCAUUGCGCAUGUGUCUCUAGUUGAUGAAUUUGAUGAUGACGACCUGGAUCUGAAUGGCAUAGAUGAAAAUGCACUUUGUGGUUUGGAUCAACACGACCAAGUUGGUAACCCUUAGCAUGGUUUUCAUUAGAUACUUACUUCGAGUUAUGUGAAUAGAAGUCCAAAGCUCAGCAAGCUAUCAAACGCUACCUCAUUGUACAAAUAGCGCAAAGCCAGUAUGUAAACCAAAAAGGCCGUAUUCAGGCAGAGCAGGUGCUCUC